AUGUCUUGCUCACCUCGCGUCUCCUCCUCCAGGGCUGGAGGCAGCAGCUCGGUCAGAGUGUCUGCAGGUGGAAGCAGCUUCAGCAGUGGGAGCAGAUGCGGUCUGGGGCGUGGCUCUGCCCAGGGUUUCCACGGAGGAGCCAGCAGCUGCGGCCUGAGCGGGGGAUGUAGAGGUGGCUUUGGAGGCAGCUUUGGAGGGAGCUUUGGUAGCUGCUCAGUAGGGGAUGGUUUUGGAGGAGCUUUGGGCUCUGGGGCUGGCUUUGGCGGGUGUUCUGGCUUUGGUGGGGGCUCUGGAUUUGGCGGGGGUACUAGUGGAAGCUUCUACAGUUAUGGGGGUGGUGUUGGUGGUGGUGUGGGCAAUGGGGGGCUUUUCUCUGGAAGUGAAAAGCAAACCAUGCAGAACCUCAAUGACCGCCUGGCCAGUUACCUAGACAAGGUCAGAGCUCUAGAGGAGGCCAACGCUGAUCUGGAGAACAAAAUCAAGGAGUGGUAUGACAAAUAUGGGCCUGGGUCUAGAGAUGGUGGAUCUGGAAGACUUUACAGCAAAUACUAUGCAAUAAUUGAAGAUCUCAGGAACCAGAUCAUGGCAGCCACUAUUAAUAAUGCCAGCAUGACUUCCCCAAUUGACAAUGCUAGACUUGCAGUGGAUGACUUCAAAAUGAAAUACGAAAAUGAGCUCUGUCUACACCAGUCAGUAGAAGCUGAUAUAAAUGGCCUCCAAAAAGUGCUCGAUGAUCUGAAUAUGACCACAUCAGACCUUAAAAUACAGUUUGAAAGCCUAACUGAGGAACUGGCUUAUCUCAAGAAAAACCAUGAGGAGGAAAUGAGCGCUCUGCAGAGACAGUCCAGUGGGGACGUGACUGUAGAAAUGAAUGCAGCCCCAGGGAUAGAUCUAACCAAGCUGUUGAACAGCAUGAGGCAGCAGUAUGAGGAACUGGCUGAGCAAAACCGCCGGGAGGCCGAGGAGCAGUUCAACAAGCAGAGUGCAUCCCUGCAGAGACAGAUUUCCAUGGAUGCUGGAGCAGCUAACUCAGCAAAGAGUGAGAUGAUGGAACUGAAGCGAGCCCUCCAGUCCCUCCAGAUUGAACUGCAGUCUGCCCUGGCCAUGCAUAGCUCCCUGGAAGGGACCCUGGCUGACACGGAAGCUGGCUACGUGGCUCAGCUGUCACAAAUUCAGACACAGAUCAGCAGCCUAGAGGAGCAGAUCUGCCAGAUCCGGGGGGAGACCGAAUGUCAGAACACAGAAUAUGCACAACUGCUGGACAUCAAGACACGCCUGGAGAUGGAGAUAGAGACCUACCGCCGCCUGCUCGACGGAGAGAGAGGGUGA